CAAAAUGGCUUCCAGCGUGGAAUUGUUCUCUACAAUCAAAAUGUUUCGACGAUUUUGUCGGGAGUACUAUUCAAGUUACAACAUACUAUCAGUCUAAAGACUCAUGUCCUUGCGUAGCAGAUUACAUGUGCUUCCAACAGAGGCUGUAGUGAUUGAACGGAGUGGGCGUCGACCACGGAAAGCUCUUGAUCUGCGUGGACGGCACCUCAACUCAUUGCCGGAAGCGCUCUUCCAGCAGACUCGACUACUCGUCAGCUUGGAAACCUUGGAUUUGAGUUUCAACAACUUGAGGAAUCUUCCACCAUGUAUCAAUACGCUUACCAACCUUCAACACUUGUAUGUCCACCACAACACACUUCGAAAGCUACCUGCAGAGAUGGUAAACUUAAAAGGACUGCAGACCUUAGAUGUUUCACACAACAGAAUUGGAGCGAUUCCUUCGUGCCUGUCCAGUUUAGAGAAUUUACAGGUGGUUAACUUUUCUGGAAACCAUGUGAAAACAUUGGAUGAGAAAAUAUUUCAGUUACCUAACUUGCAGAAAUUUUCAGUCACUCGGAAUCCUAUCAAAAAUGUACCCAGGGAUGUUUACGUACACGGAUUGCGGGCAAUCCGUCGUCAUUUCAGCAUUCAGAUUGAGGCAUCCAUUCAGUGUGAUUCCAGGCAGGUCCUGGAGGAAAUAACUCUCCAAGAUCAAAUAAGAACACAUCAGUUCCGUCAAACACCGUGUUUGGAUGAGUCUCCGUGCCACAGUCGAGACAUUAAACACAAACCUCCCGAUGAAAAUGAUGAUGAGGUGGCCAUUAUAAACAGUUGUGCAACGGUCCAUACGAGGCACAAGCAAGUAACGGACAUUCUUCUUUUUGAGCGAAGGAUUUCCACGAGUGACUAUGGCUCUUGCUCCGGGUCCAAUAUUGAGAGUGAUCGUCUCCGUAGGGAUACUGACACUGACACACUGAGUUGUCAUGGAGAUUGUGGGAGUGACAAUGAAGACAUUGCCUGUGACAUUAGCGUAGCUGAGGACCGAUGUGAAAUUUGUAUGAGACCUCUGUUCGGUGACAUUGACCUCAGUGACACAACUCCGUACGACUGUAUUUUGCCCAACCGAUCAAGACUUUUGAAAGUGUCAAACGUGACUGUGUUGAUACCGCAACACAACAAGAUGAACUACAUGAGGAGUGAAUUUACACUAGACAUCCUGAAGGACCACAGGUUUUUACCAGAUGAAGAUCCCACAGCUGUGGUCCAAGCAAGUCCUGUGGUUCUCCUUGGGCCUCAUGGAGCGGUUUUCUACGGAGACCGCCCAGCAGUUAUAAGACUUCCUCUGCUGGUCAAAGUACCCUUCCCCAGUCAAGUUCACUGUCUGCGUAGCAAUACGGAUGACUUAGAACGACCAGUAUGGGAACGCAUCCCAUCCAGUGACUUCCGAGUGAGAGAUGGGUACAUCCUUCUCAGGACCAGCCAUUUCUCAUUGUUCACAGCCGUCCUGACCAAAACGCCUUUUUCAGUGAAUCGUAUGAUUAGCGCCGAAGAAGGCGGAGUGCUGGAGGUUAAUGAAGUGCCUGGACUUUUUGUCCAAUUUCCACGGGGAUGCGUUCAGGGAGAUAUUAAUGCCAGCAUUAAGGUCAUUUGUUCUGAGCUUUCAGCUGAUGUCCGAACCAAUCUGAACCCAUCCGAUGCGCUGGCUACCCCUGUAGUCAUCUUGCAGCCUCACGGCUACAUCUUCAACAACUUCUCUGACAACCCAGUCACAGUGCGGUUGCCUGUACCUGACUACAGCGCCAUCGUCCAGAGUUUUGGAUUUGAAGCGCAGUUGUCUGUAUGGCAAAGCCCGACAACCGAAGACCAGCCUGUUGCCUGGGAGGUACUCAACACAAACUUCCAAAUCGACAGUGAUGAGAAUGGAAACUACUUCAUUGACAUCCCUGUCGUCCACUUCUCCUGGCUCACGGCCCUGUGGGCCAGCAUCAGGGGGAAGAUGCAGAAUGCCCGACUGGGAAUGGGAUUUGCCUACUCUGGCGGGGCGGUCAACAUGAAAUGCCAAGCCUGGAUGCUGGAAAACCCUGACACGGGGAAGUUUGGUCUGGUAGUUAUCUGCCAUCACAGUGACAAUCCAAUGCAGGAUGUUGGGAACUAUGCCAAGAAUGUUGGAGGUAGCUUGAAACCUGUCAGCAUAGGUCCAGGAGGGUCGAUUAUUGUCAAGUUAGGUAAGUCGGACUACUUUGAGGCUGACACAGCUGCUGGGGAAGAUGAGUCUUUGGAACAGGUGGAAGAGAACUACAAAGGCGGGGAGUUUGAAAAACAAUUUGCUUGCAAGUUCAAAGGUCAACCGUCCAACAAGGACAUCUUUGGCAAGGUCUUUGUGAGGAGACGUUGGGAGAAUGGCACAGAGGAGAGAUUGUUUGAAUUCAACCUCAUCAAGAAAAUGGAUGAGUCUGCCCCAUCACCAGAGGAUCCAUGGACAUCUGCACCACUCAAACAACUGGCAGAUGUGCAUGGAAUCACAGAUGGAGACAAUUGGAAACAGUUUGCCCGGGCUCUGGGCUUCAGCCUCCAAGAUUUACGCACCAAAUUUGGUCGUAGCUCAGACAAAUUUGCCACCAUUAUCGCCGAGUACCGACGGCAAGGCGGCACUCACAGUGACUUCCUGCAAACGCUGAAUGAAGUCGGGCGCGAGCUGCGGGUUGGUGACACGGAAGAACAAGAGAGACAACAGCAGCAGCCAGAGCAGCACCAGCCGCCUGGCUGGUUGGAGAUGCUGUCAUUCUCUUGGUUUGGUGGUGGAGGCAGGCCUUCGACACCUACCAUGACCUCGGCGACGAUUACUUCUGAAGGGAAUGUAGAAAGUCAACCUGGUCCCAGUGGGUUGCAUUUAAGCAGCCCUAAACGGAAGCGUGUCUGUCCCACUUGCGAAUCUCAAACCCCAAUCAUACCCCAGUCAGCCAAACGUCUGCGCCGUGAGGCACCCUCAUCUGCAGCUGUCACCAGCACAUCCACCUCAGAAGAAACCCUUCUAGAGUCUCUUCGAAUCAGUCCUGAGCCCAAGUUGCCCACACCGCCUCGCUCGCCCAGUUCUUCACUUCUGCCAUCCCUGCCAACAUUCUCCCGCUACUCACCCCCUCUGGGAACCAUGACAAACAGACAUUCCCACGUCUCAGUGGUGCAGACACAUACAGGCAGUGCCAUGUCUUCAGGACCUUCAUCAAGUGAACCAAACCGGGUCUAUAACACGCCCCUUACAGAAACCAGAUAUGGUUCUGUACCUUCAACUUCAAAUCAAUCCAUGCCAGCGAUGCGUGUACGGCUAGAUGAGCAGCUAAUGCGGGAAAACACCGAGGAGAUUUCCCAGUCCCAGCUAUAUCGCAUCGCACCCCUGAUCCAACCUCACUGGAUGAAGGUAGCACGUUACGUGCGUGAUGACGAGACACUGGAAGCCGAUCUCAAAGCUAUCAAGGAGAACCACACUGGGCCGGAGGAACAGGCAGUACAAAUGCUGCUACAGUGGAGAGACAAAUGCCCUGAUGUCUGCACCAAGGGAAGAUUAUAUGGUGCUCUGUGUGAUCUGAAUCUCAAGACGAUAGCUAAGAAAUGCAAUCAGGUGUAUAAUAGAAGUUGAUAGCUACGAAAGCAAGGAUGUAAUCAGUUGGUGUUGCCUAGUGAAUUGCCCAAGCAGUGUACAGGCUUGUGUCUUGUCCAUUGUGACCAAGUGUCCACUAUGGCCAUAUGUUCAUUAGUGUUGAGUGGCCACUUUGGCUCUGUUUUCACCAUGGUCAAGUGUCCACUUAGGGUAUGUAUCCGCCAUAGUCACGUGUCCGCUAUUGCCGUGGGUCCACCAAGCUCAAGUGUUCACUAUGGCCAUGGGUCCUCUAUGGUCAAGUGUCCACUAUGGCCAUGAGUCCACUUAAGCCAGCUUCCAUUUAUUGCCAUUGUGCCACCUGGUCAGUAUAGGCUACCUCCAGAAUUAUCACUACCAUCUCAGAUGACCAACCUGUCAAAAAAAUAUUGUUAUUCGGCUGUUCCAUGAAAUGGAUGGCUGGUGGAAUUUUCAGCAGAGAAUGAUAUCUAUUGUGUUUCCCAGAUUGUAGAAGUACUGAAAUAUAAGGAAGAUUUCCAAACCUAACCCUGUCGUCAAUUUCUUAAGACACUCCAUCUAAGUGAUUAAUUCACUGUAUUGUCAGGAAAAAGAACUACCUGUUGUGAUGAAGGACUAAUUACUGUACAGGGUCAUUGCAGAGAAUGCUAAGGGCAUUUAGAGUAGGUUGAGUUGGGGUUUCUCUGUUUCAUGUGCUAACAUUUGUCAGGCUUGUUGCACACCGCCACGUUUCAGUUGAAUGUAGAUGAAACCAUGAUACUUAUUGUCUGCAAGGAAUGCAACCGUGCAUAAUGCUCUUAGUCCCAGGCACACAACCUGUUCAGCAGAAUCCAUCGUCAAUGUCCUGUCCCAAAAUACACUUGUGAAAAUCUGCAAAAUUGGUUGGAUUAGAAUAGACCAAUUGUACUCGCUAAGUCAAAUGACCUGUAAUGUGUAUCCACCAUCAACAAACAUGCCGUCCUCCCAUAACAAAGUGUGACAUAAGGGUCAUUUACCAAAACUUAAGCCGACGGCUGUUACAUUACUCAGACUAUUGAUGUGCUGAGUACUAUACCAAAAAGUGGAUUUAUUUUUGGUGAACAACACAAGGCACUUUGCUGUGGGAGGACGCCAUGUUUGAUACCCACUGAAGGUCCUGUGACUCAGUGGGCACAGUUGGCCUGUUGGAUCAUUGCAUUUUAUCUGCCUUGGAUAAAUGAAACAUAUUAACUAGAAGUACUAUUUUACCUACAAAAUCUAAAAGAAUUUAUCAGUACAGUUAACCAAAAAAUGGGCCCACAUUCAGUACUAUAUGGAUUUAUGCCCUUCAAUAAAUUGAAAUUGGAAAAUCCCUGUGUAUUAUACUUUCGUACACUUUAAAUCCUAAAUCAAAAACUCAGGAAUGUAAAUUAAUUGUUGCUAAUCCUCCUGUGACAGAAGAUGUCAAUAUUAUGUAAAUCAAUUAUUUUUUACAGAUGAGUACUACUGUGGUGCUUUCCGAAAUUUGGUGAAUAUUUGAAUGAUCAAUAUUGUCACAUUAUCACAGUGGCCGUGCCUGUCAUGUAUCAAAGUUUAAGACAACAAAAUUCCUCCGGAUACAGUUUUAUAUUAACACAUAUUAUUUCUUCUGUCAUUGGAGGGUGUUUCUAAGAGAUUGUGUGCUGUCCAACAGGUUUAUCCAUCAAGGAUAUGUUCACAACUUUGUAAGUAUUGUAUAUAUAUUUAUCAAAUUACCUCGCAUGAGAUUACUUUUGUUAGAAAGAUUUUUCUCACUGAAUAUCAUGGGGGAUGAGACGCCUAAAAGGCAUGUUCAGUUCCUCAGAUUCCGUAUUUUGUUGGUUUCUAAUUGUCAACAAAUCAGGAGAAAUGUUGGUUGCUGUUACCACAGCUGAUUUCAAAGUUUUAGGAGCUGCCCAUCACAAACUUUGACAAGAACAUUCAGUUUUUGUAAGAAAUGGAUUGGGUUUUUAACUUACUAAAUACUGUAAAUAAAGUUUGUAUAAAUCAUAAGAGUUUAUUAGAGUUUUACAAACGUGAACAGGUACUUCGCUGUUUUGGAGAGAUAUUUUUAUGAAGGUUUUUUAUCUAUGAGAAAUCUUCGUUAGAUCUUUGUGAAUACAUGUAAAGUAUGUGGUUUUUUUUGUUUAUGGUUACAGACGUACUAUGCAUGUCAGCCAUUUCAACACCACUUUUUUUGGUUUUUGUUUUGAAUUUUACGUUAUGUGGCAGUAAUUUCUGACGUGAACUUCUUGCAUCUGGAGAAUUAUGCUUUGAAACUUUUGAGGAAGUUUUGUUUGUGGGAUCAUUCACAACACAGUCUUUUUGUGGUCUAAAUUGCACAUUGGUCUGUCAUAAAUAUUGCAUUUAUUGUCGCUUCACCAGUGUGCUUCGUGCUUACUGGUACUUUUGAUUUACUUCUGCUAAAUUUGAACAGUUUUGUUUUGCUCUCCCAACUUUUUACAAGCUUUAAGAGAUAGCAAAAUCUUAUUGUAUCUCUUUCACAGGGUUACCUCAAAAGCACUUAGUGGGCAACAGAAAAUCAUCUGUGAGCAAAACCUCCAUUUUACAAAUGUUAAGUAGAGCGCAUGAAUUAGUGUGUGCAGUCUUGUCAGAGUGAAGAUAUUCCCACAGUAUCUGGUAUUGUUUACAGACUAUUUACUGCCAGAUUUCCAAACAUGGCUGAAGUUUUUCAUUGCUCCACUCCAGCAGACCUGGAUUUUUUUUAUCCCCUGACCUCUGUGUCAUCUGCCCUCUUUUCUAAGUUUUUUUUUUUUUUUUACCUUUUUGAAUUUUUUUAUGGAGCAAGCCCAUUAUAUUUUUGCUGUGUCUUUCUAGUUUGUCGAAGUACUGUAUCAGUCAAAAUAGAAUGACAGACAUUCAGACUAUUUUCCUGAUUGAUUAAUUAACUACUGCUGCAUUUGCUUAUGUUAUGGCGGGAUUUUGUUUGGGAUUGAAUUGAGUGAAUACUCAUUGUUUGGACCAGUACAACUUACAUCUGUGUGGACAGUUUUCAACUGUGAAAUUUUGUCUUGUUUUCUAUAUCUUGAUAGUAAUAAAGAUACUGAAUUCCAUUCGUGAAGUAAAUAAA